AGGUAAACAUUUAGUUUGAUUUUGGAUCGCGCUUAGCAUAGUCCGAAAUUUCUACUCUUCCUCGCGAUUAUAAUAAACACAAAAACACGUUUUCAUCUAAGAAAAUAAAUAAAAUUCUUAACAUGAAAACGAUAGUUUAAAUGUUUUCCGUGUCAAUUUCAUUUAGAAGCAAAGAAUUUAAGGAAUAAGAAGAUACUUAUUAAUCGAUUACUUCGAAUCAAUUUAUUGGAUAUUUUUUGGUCAAAUCAAAAUCCAACGAUGGUAGGUUAUUACAGCGAAGCAACCCCGCUUCCAAUGGCGCCGGUUCAAACUCCGGAAGAGGCUAGGAUAGCGGCGAUAAAGCGAGUUGUUUGCAGCCCGGAUUUGCCAAUGAGCAACUUCCAAAACACCGCAACCCCCAAACAAGAACCCCAACAGAUGGAGUGUAAUGGAUUCCAAACCCCGCCGAUUUUUCCAACAACACCUCAAAAGCUUCAAAAACUCGAAUCGGACGAUCCUUAUCGUUGUAAUAUUUGCUCAAAGACUUUCGCGGUUCCCGCCCGAUUAACGAGACAUUACAGAACGCACACUGGUGAAAAACCUUUUCGCUGCGAAUUCUGCGAUAAAAGCUUUAGUGUGAAAGAAAAUUUAAGCGUGCAUAGAAGAAUCCACACGAAAGAACGUCCGUAUAAAUGCGACGUUUGCUCGCGCGCUUUUGAACACUCCGGGAAAUUACACCGACACAUGAGAAUCCACACUGGGGAGCGUCCACAUAAAUGUUCGGUUUGUGCGAAAACAUUUAUCCAAUCUGGUCAAUUAGUGAUCCAUAUGAGAACGCACACCGGUGAAAAACCCUACGUUUGCGGGGUUUGCCAAAAAGGCUUCACAUGUAGUAAACAAUUAAAAGUUCAUUCGAGAACUCACACCGGGGAGAAACCGUAUUCUUGCGAGAUCUGCGGAAAAUCUUUUGGUUAUAACCACGUAUUAAAACUGCAUCAAGUGGCUCAUUACGGCGAAAAAGUUUACAAGUGCACAAUAUGUAACGACACAUUCAACUCGAAAAAGUGUAUGGAGGCGCAUAUUAAAAGUCACUCUGAAAAUGCGGCCCCAAUUUCACCGCCGUCUUCAAUUCAGUCUAACGAAUCUUCCUGUUCGUCGUCGAGUGAUAAAGAAAAUAAGGAUUCUCCGCCUCAUCAGACGUUUCCUCAAGAACCAAUUAGUUACGAUAGCGAUAUUCGAUAUUAUCUUUAUACCCGUGAUAGAAUCCCUACUCCGUAUUUCCCUAAUCACCCAUCUUCCGGAGUCGACCUUUUAGCGGCUGCCGCAACCGUCACUGAAAGAGUGCACGAAGAAUACUUAAGAAGAUCUCCGCCGGAAGUAAUUAGACCGUAUUUUCCACCACCAAUUCAGUAUGACCCCCAAUUAAAUCACGCCGAUGAUAUUAGAAAGCGAGUUGAAGCGGCGCUGGCCGUAGCUGAGAUCGAAGAGGAAUCUAUGUUGGCUUUAACUCCACCAAGUUCAAACCCCGUUUCUCCGGCACCAUCGGUUUCUCCCGACCCAGAAUUAAGUUUACCCCCCAGGAAACGUUCAAGAAUGAUUUUAAAAUCGAUGGAAUCCGAAAAAGAAACGCCCCCCGUAAGAUACAGUUCGGUUAUACAUUACGCCAACAAGAAGAAUUAAGAUUUCUCAAUAAUUAAUCCCCUAAUGAACAUUUUUUCUUUCUUUUCUGUGAUAAGACUGGUAUAGAUUAAUAUUGUAUUUGUACGUGUAUUCUGAUAAUUAUUAAUUACCUCAAUGCAGUGCCUAGGGCGGUUGGCCCUCGCAAUAUUUUGUACUGCAACCGCGGCUCCACCUUUCUCUAUAAUAAGCGAACCUCGUAGCGGCUUAGUUUUUAGAGUUUUGACCGUUCCGCUCGUCGAUUUUUGUUAUCGAAUCAUAAUUGUUAAAUGUAAAAUAAGUUAAAAUAUUAAAACACGAACGUCGUUUUUGAAAGUAUCGAGAAUUGUUGUAAUCGUGAUUUUUCAUUAUUUCGCUUUAAUUAUUAUUAUAUAUAUAUUUUCUUCUCUGUUCGUCAUUAAAAAAAAGGAAAACGUAUCGUACUGUAUUUUCUAAGUCUGAGCCGUCGUCGCGGACGUAUCGGCAAUAACUUAUUAUAUUGUAUUCCUUCUAUUCGAUGUAAGAAUAACCAAUAAAAAAUAUAAUUGCAUUAUAA